CGGCGCACCGUCAAGAUGGCGGCGGGUCUGAGGAAACGCGGCCGGGCGGCUCCCGCAGCCCGGGCAGUGGGACUCUGCGGGCAGUGGCUGCGGCGUGCCUGGCAGGAGCGGCGCCUACUGCUGCUGGAGCCGCGCUACACGCUGCUGGUGGCCGCCUGCCUCUGCCUGGCGGAGGUGGGCAUCACCUUCUGGGUCAUUCACAGGGUGGCAUACACAGAGAUCGACUGGAAGGCCUACAUGGCCGAAGUAGAGGGCGUCAUCAAUGGCACCUAUGACUAUACCCAACUGCAGGGUGACACUGGACCUCUUGUGUACCCAGCCGGCUUUGUGUACAUCUUUAUGGGGCUGUAUUAUGCUACUGGCCAGGGUACUGACAUCCGCAUGGCCCAGCACAUCUUUGCUGUGCUCUACCUGGCCACCUUGCUGCUUGUCUUCUUGAUCUACCACCAGACCUGCAAAGUACCUCCCUUCGUCUUUUUCUUCAUGUGCUGUGCCUCUUACCGUGUCCAUUCCAUUUUUGUGCUGCGGCUCUUCAAUGACCCGGUGGCCAUGGCGCUGCUGUUCCUCAGUAUCAACCUCCUGCUGGCCCAGCGCUGGGGCUGGGGCUGCUGCUGUUUCAGCCUGGCAGUCUCUGUGAAGAUGAACGUGCUACUCUUCGCCCCUGGAUUACUAUUCCUUCUUCUCACACAGUUCGGUCUCCGUGGGGCCCUCCCCAAACUGGGCAUCUGUGCUGUCCUUCAGGUGGUUCUGGGGCUGCCCUUCCUGCUGGAGAACCCUGUCGGCUACCUAUCCCGCUCCUUUGACCUUGGUCGCCAGUUUCUCUUCCGCUGGACAGUGAACUGGCGCUUCCUCCCAGAGGCCCUCUUCCUGCAUCGUGCCUUCCACCUGGCACUGUUGGCUGCCCACCUCACUCUUCUCUUACUCUUUGCCCUCUGCAGGUGGCACAGGACAGGGGAAAGUAUCCUGUCGCUGCUGAAGGAUCCCUCCAAAAGGAAGGUUCCACCCCAGCCCCUCACGCCCAAUCAGAUCGUUUCUACACUCUUCACCUCCAACUUCAUUGGCAUCUGCUUCAGCCGCUCCCUCCACUACCAGUUCUACGUCUGGUAUUUCCACACACUGCCCUACCUCCUGUGGGCCACGCCUGCACGCUGGCUCACACACCUGCUCAGGUUGCUGGUGCUGGGGCUCAUUGAGCUCUCUUGGAACACAUACCCAUCCACGUCCUGCAGCUCUGCUGCCCUGCACGUAUGCCAUGCUGUCAUCCUGCUGCAGCUCUGGCUGGGCCCCCAGCCUUUCCCCAAGAGCGUCCAGCACAGCAAGAAAGCCCACUGAGGUCCACCUCUCCCCCUCCAAUCCAUUGUCAGGACCCUGGAUGAGGAUGGACUCUGUGCCCUUCCCAAUAAACCUUACCAAGUCCACCUCUCUGCAGCCUACAUGGAGGUGCCUGGACCAGGCUAUGAGGGGCAUGCACGCGGCGGAUGAAGAACUCAUUCAGGCAGUCCUAAGAGGCACUUUAUUGCAUAGGUUUUGGGGACUGUGGCUCUCUCCCCUUCCACUGCACUGCACAGAACUCAGAGGGGAAGGGGCGCGGGGUGGGAGGAGUGGGAGAGAGCACAGGCAG